CUUACCAACCUUCCUCAACUAUCAAUUGUUUCCUAGCAGAAAGUGUAUCCCAACAUGCCUCAAACAAUCAGUCUUCUCAUAUUCAACUCUCCCAUCUUCCCGGCUCAUUGGGCCCUCUGGCUUCCCCAUCCUGCCAAUUCAAACACCGGAAAACUCAUCAACGCCGUCGGAGAUGCGGCUACAGGCUUCGAGAUCAUCAUUGAGCGGGAAUACGACCUCAGGAAUAUUACUCAACGCUAUCAGCUCGUGGCCCUAGACGAAGUUUCAGAUGUCAAAGAAGAUGGAAGAAAUUCAAAAGACAGCACAGCGUAUGACUGCAUUGAGAAAGUCGCGCUGAGCGUGCCAGCACCGAAAAAGAGUUUGGUGUCGGCCACUAUUGCUGAGGGGUCAAGGCAUAGAGUGGAGAUCCAAAACUGUCAGACCUGGCUCCGGCAGGUGGUAGCUGCGCUUGUGCAGGCUGAUGUGGUGGAUGAAGCGGCUCUUCAGAUUGUGGAUGGUGCUCCGAAGAAUUGAGAAAACUGGGUCUUGGUUGCAGCUACGAGAGUUUGUGUGUAGUAUCUGCCACCGUCGGAGGCGCGUUCACGGAUCUGAACGACAUGAAUUUUAGACGCGGUAUCGCCCUAAGCUACCUCAAACAACAGAAGAUAGGUGUAUACAGACCGGAAGUACGAAAUUUAUAUAGCGUUCAUGCGUACAGGAGCGAGACUUGUUUUGCAAGAUUACUUUACUCGGGAUAGCAGUAU